AUGGCGUGUAUGUGGGGAGUGGCGGCCAUCUUUGCCAUCCCAAUGUUGAUAAUCGCCCACGUGGAGACAGCAACAUUUCACCGUGACGGCGCACGUAUCGAAGUCUGUCGAACGCACAUAUUCCUCAUCUGGCACUAUGCCUACGUCAUAUGCAUCUUCUGUGUGUUUUUCGUCAUUCCCUUUUUCGUCAUGCUGUUCAUCUACAGUAGCAUCAUUCACGGCGUUCUCAAAGAGUCGGCACACAUUGAGGAAAACUCGAAUUCAAAGAGCUUCCGUCGAACUUCUCUCCGGAAUCAGAGACAGAUAGUUUGUAUGUUGUUUGUUAUCGUUGUGGUGUUCUUCUUGUGCACUCUGCCGUUACGUAUACUUAUUUUCUGGUUCGCGUUCACGGACGCCAAACAUAUUCAGAAUCUUGGACUGGAGGGAUACCUUAAUCUGAUAUGGUGUGGCCGUGUGUUCCAGUAUCUCAACAGCGCCAUCAACCCAAUUAUAUACAGUGCAUUCUCGUCAAAAUUCCGCUGGGCGUUUAAAUGUAUUCUUGGUUUAAAGAAAAGAGAGGAGUUGUCGUGGUCACGAACAAGUCAAAGGACCUACGCUUCAGCUCACUACAGUUUUAUAAAACAAAGUAAACAACGAGAGCAGAAAGAGCAGUACAUGUAA